AUGACCACCACGGCCAAUGGUCGUAUGGUGCUCAGAGUACCGGAUGGUAAGUACAAAGGCUGGCUCCCCAAGUCUUUGUACACCUUGGAGCUGGAUGAGCUCUAUCUCCCGUUUAUGCGACUUUCUAACUUCCCAGUCCGUGGCAGCAGUUUGGGUAAUCUGACUAGCUUAAAAGUUUUUCAUGCAGUUGGAAAUUACUUGCAGUGUGUGCCAAAUUCAUUUGGCCAGAUCACCAACCUGCAAAGGUUGAACCUCAGUUAUAACAAUCUGUCCGAGCUGUCGCCAUCUCUCUUUGAGCUGACUAACCUUGUCGAGUUGAACCUCAGUGAGAACUGCAUUGAGACGAUCCCCCCAGAGAUUGGUGAGUUGAAGAAUCUGCGGCACUUGAACCUUGGUGGGAAUCUGUUGUCAGAGGUGCCGGAUGCGAUGGGUCAGUGCAAGAAGUUGCAGGUUCUUAAUCUGUCUGGUAAGUGGAGUCCACGGGGUGGGCUGCGUAUGCUGCCAAAGCCCGUUUGCAACCUGACCGAACUGCUGACCCUUGACUGCAGUUGGCACCAGAUUGACACGUUGCCUGACGAGAUAGGGAACCUACAAAAGCUGAAGGUGUUGAGCCUGCGUGGUAAUCACCUCAAGUAUGUGUCGCAGGACAUCGCCAAGUGCGGCAACCUCCAGGAGCUCAACCUGACUGCCGCCAUGCGCUUCAUCCCAGCCAUCCCGCUGGCAUUGCUCAGUCUAAAGCGGCUGGUCAAGCUCAAUAUAAGCGGUAACUAUUUCACAGAAAUUCCCCCCGAAGUCAGUGGACUAGAAAAUUUGAAAGUAUUUCUCAUGCAGAAAAAUGCUUUACUCCAAUUACCUGAAGAAUUCUUCCAGCUUCAGCAGUUGGAGGAGAUUGAACUGUCGGACAAUUAUCUAGAAAGUAUUUCGAGCAAUGUAAAACGACUUCAUGUGUUACGUAUGUUGAGUAUGUGCAAUAAUCGAUUGAAGUGCUUGCCAAAUGACAUCGGCAAGUGCCAGUCCCUACAAUCCUUGAACUUAUCGUACAAUCAAUUGGCAGAACUCCCAGAUACCAUCUAUCAAUUGGCUAACCUUGACUAUCUAAACCUUACUCACAACCAGCUGAAGCGCCUGCCCCUCCUAUUGGACCGCCUGACUGGGUUGGAAAGGACGAAGGCCCUAUUCUUGGGGGAUAACUACCUAACGAGACCACCCCAGGAAAUUUGCAACCAGGGUGUCGAUGCCCUCUUCAACUUCUUGAAAGAAAUCAGAGUCAGCGAAGCGAGCCAUCGGAAGAAAAUGAUACUUACAGGUGCUGUGAAGGCAGGCAAGACCAGUUUGCGCAAUGCCUUACUGCUGGGACAUUCACAGUUGACUGCUGAAGACGAGCGUACCUGGGUGCUGGAACGGCAUCUCUGGGAACCUGAGGAGAGUUUACGGGUACAGAUCCUUGAUUUUGGAGGGCACCACAUCUAUUCUGCUGCCCACCACAUGUUCCUUACUCCAGAAGCAUUGCAUGUUCUUGUCUUUGACCUUAGUGUCUUUUCAAUGGACCAUGAAUCUUAUGACUAUCGGAUUGGUGAUUGGCUAGAAGGGAUCAUGGACCGGGCACCAGGUGCCUCAAUACUUUUGGUUGGCACCCAUGCUGAUCUCUGCUCCGAGGAAGAGAUCAAAGAAAAAAAAGAUUACAUCUUGGAGAGGAUGCACUCUGAUGAAAACACCAAAAUCAACAAUCUGCAAUAUGAAUUGCAACAAUUACAAAGCACUUUAGAUACAACACAGAGUAAAGAAUCCGGGGUGAGUGGUUUCUCCGAUAUCGAUGUUGAAAGAGCGAGGGAGAAAGUGAUUCACUUGCAGCGAAUGCUGAAUACACGAGUGACCUUGCCUGAUAACAUCCAGGUGGUCAGCUGUGCUGAAGAUCUGGUUGGCAUUGAUGAACUCACCGAUACACUAAUGAACACAUUAAAAAAAAAUGACCCACGACCACUGCCAAAAUCGUGGUAUAAAUUCUUAAUGGCAAUCCAGCGGCGUGAAGAAAAAAUUCUUGAUUGGAGCCAAGCACUGGACAUUUUUGUUCAGCUUAUGGACAGCCUUGGUCAGUCUAUGAUCAGCCUUGAAGGUUCUGCAAAAGAGAGCCUCAAGGUCAUUUUGAAGUAUCUCCAUGCUACUGGUGAGAUUGUUUGGUACCAUGAUAACCCACGACUCGACCAGCUUGUAUUCCACCGUCCAGAGACAUUGGUGGACAUGUUGCGAGCAAUAUUUCGCCAUGACUUUGAAGAUGUCAUGGUUUACAACAUAAGCAUUGGCUUCAAGAUCAACAUGUCAGAAGAGAUGUUCUCAAGUGCUAAGAAACUCUUCCUUGAACAGGGUAUGAUGUCGACUGAACUUCUCCGCUAUACUCUCUGUCAUUUCAACUUGGGUAUAAAUGCGCUGGACACUUUCACAUCUCUCAUGCUGAAAUUCGAUCUUUGUUAUGAGAUUCCUAUUAACCAGUACAAUCCAUCGCUCUUGGCUUUUAAACAAUUACUAUUAUUCCCUUGGUUCUUGCCAGAUGUUGCACCAACUGAUUUGAGUCUAAAAUGGCCUGCUCGUGUCCCCAAAGACACAGUACAACUUAGUAUUCAACUCCAGUUUCCUAAUAAAGGUCCACCAAACUUCUUUGAGAAGAUCACCGUGCGACUACAGAACUAUGUGGCAUAUCGCGAUGGUUGGCGGAAUGGCAUCUUUGCUGUUUACAACAUGAGUAAGGUCCUUUUGCAGAAGGAGAAGAAAGAUGUGAACAACCAGCUAAUGUUGCUGGUGACUUUGUCAGUUCGAGGUAGUGACCUACAGGAAAUCUGGUCACUCAUUCAGAACCCGUGGCAAGAUAUGCUGAGCCUGUUGCGUGAAUGGCCGUUUGCUCGCAUCGAAACCAAACUUCUUUGCUCUCAUUGUAUUAUGACUGGUCGGGAAGAGCCAUUCCAGUUUCCGGGAAAAGUUCUUGAAAUCAGGUGCCCCAAAGGCUGCUAUUAUCUGCAGUGCCCAAGUACAAAAGAAGUAUGUCAGAUACCUGCCUGCUUUGUGUAUUCCCUUGACCCAGACUUCCAAGAUGACUUGCCUAAACAUAUCCAGGCUACCAUCAACUUUAUGCAACGGUGUGACAUUUUACUGCGGCCAGAUGAUGAUACAGUUGAUGGCACUUCUGGUGAUACAGGUUUUAAAGGUUAUGCCAUGCAAAAUGAAGGUAUGUUCCCUUCAUUAUUUGGCUUCACCUUUCUUUAUAACCAUUUUUAA